GACUAGCACUCUUGUGUCUCAGUAGGGUGCUGCCUAUGCACUAGUUGACUCUACUCAGUACAGGGCACUGCAAAAAGUAUAAUGAGUACCUUGGAGUCAUAUGACUUAUGGAAGGAGCAGAGAUAAGUUAGCAUACAUCUGCCCUUCUCUCCCAUCCCUAAGGGAUGUCCGGGUGUCCCCUCAUUAGAAUUCCUUUCCAGAUAAGAUAUGAGGGGUGUCACCGUAGGGCAGUCACUCAAGAAAACAAUAGGGGGAUGCAUUUAAAAACAGAAUUGAUCAGUAAAAAUAUUCCUGUUGUCAGUAAAUGGCAGAACUGCUUUCUGCAGGUCAAGGCUGAUGUACCCUGCAUCCCUUUAGCCUCUUCCUCUGAUAAACCCUGCAGUACAGCUAGCAGAGCCAGUCUUCAGAAAGCUGGGGGUCGAAAACUAAAAGUCAUAGAGAGCUGUAGUUAGAGGAGGAGAGUGAGAGAACAGCUGCAGACAGUUCAAAGGCUUCUUUGUUCAGGUGGCAUCUUUGACUUUGCUGCAUGAGAUGCUCCAGUACCUGUUUUUUUCCUUCUCUGUUUAUGUCCAGUUACAGCCAGUAUCUUCAAUGGCCCUGGACCCUUGCUCUGCCUACAUCAGCCUGAAUGAGCCAUGGAGGAACACCGAUCACCAGAUCAAUGGUUCCCGGGAUCGGCCCACCUGUGAUAGUCAGAUUGAUGGGGAGUGGUAUCGCUUCACUGGCAUGGCUGGUGAUGCCAUGCCUACCUUCUGCAUCCCAGAGAACUACUGUGGUACUCACGCCCCCAUCUGGCUAAAUGGCAGCCAUCCUAGGGAGUCGGAUGGCAUUGUCCAAAGGCAAGCCUGUGCCAGUUUCAGUGGGAACUGCUGCCUUUGGAAUAAUACAGUUGAUGUCAAGGCAUGUCCAGGCGGGUACUAUGUCUACCGUUUAAUCAAGCCAAGCGUCUGCUUCCAUGCAUAUUGUGGGCAUUUCUAUGACAUCUGUGAUGUGGUGGAUUGCCAGGGCUCGUGCCUGGACACUGGAGACUGCAUGUGUUCUUUGGGGACAACACUAGGACCUGAUGGACAGACCUGUCUUGAUGAGAAUGAAUGUGAACUAGACAACGGAGGCUGCAGUGAGUUUUGUGUGAACCUAAAGAAUUCUUACCGCUGUGAGUGUGGAAUUGGGCGCGUGCUGGGAAAUGAUGGCAAAACAUGUGAAGAAAUUGAAGGAUGUCAUAAUAAUAAUGGAGGCUGCAGCCACACCUGUAUUGCAGUGGAGGACACCUAUCAGUGCGAGUGCCCACGGGGACUUGUUCUGUCGGAGGACAACCACACCUGCCAAGUUCCUGUGCUGUGCAAGUCCAGCUCCAUUGAGGUGAGCAUCCCCAAGGAUUUUGUUGGAGGACUGGAUCUUUCCCUCAUCAAUGCUUCCUGCAAAGGAGUAUCCAAUGGUACUCAUGUCAACAUCAACUUCUCCUUAAAGUCCUGUGGCACUGUUGUAGAUGUGGUAAAUGAUAAAAUCAUUGCUACCAAUCUGGUGACUGGCUUGCCAAAGCAGAUGCCUGGCAGUAAUGGGGACAUCAUCAUCCGCACCAGCAAGCUGCUGAUUCCUGUGACCUGUGAGUUUCCCCGCCGGUACACCAUCUCUGAGGGCUAUGUCCCCAAUCUCAAGAAUUCCCCACUGGAAAUCAUGAGCCGCAACCGGGGCAUCUUUCCCUUCACCCUUGAGAUCUUCAAAAACAAAGACUUUGAUGAGCCCUACAGGGAUGCUCUCCCUACCCUGAAGCUUCGAGAUUCACUGUAUUUUGGGAUUGAACCCUUAGUACAUGUGAAUGGACUGGAAAUGCUGGUAGAGAGCUGCUUUGCUACUCCUACAUCAAAAAUUGAUGAGAUCUUGAAGUACUACUUAAUUCAAGAUGGCUGUGUUUCUGAUGACUCCGUGAAACAGUACACGUCGAAGGAUCAUCUUGCCAAGCACUUCCAGGUCCCUGUGUUUAAGUUUGUGGGUAAAGACAAUAAGGAAGUGUUCUUACAUUGCCGCAUCCUUGUGUGUGGCGUGCUGGACGAGAGCUCUCGCUGUGCCCAGGGCUGUCGGAGAAGAAUGCGCAGGUCAGCGGAAGGGGAGGACAAGGAGGAAGGCAGUCGCAUGACAAACCAUAUUCUGACGGGUGGCCCUAUUAGAAUCAUCAUGGAUGAGUAGCAAGACCCCAACUCUACCAUGCAACAGCCAAGAAUCUGCCCUCUUUAAUGAUGUCUUCCAUUAUGGGCCUUUGAUGUGAAAUAAGGAUUUGGUGAAGACCCAUAUGAGCCUAUGAUCUUGUUCCAUAACAGCCUGACAGUUAGUUGGUGAACUAAUAUUAGAUUUGGAGGCACCCCCUCCAAAUGCAGUCUGAACUGCAAAAUAGUAUAGCUAUACUGUACAUGCAUUUCUAUCAACUGAUGGCCUCGGUUGAUCUAUAGGCUUAAGUGUUACCUGCCUUUAUUUUUUUUAUGUCUGUUUGCAAGCACCAUAUUAUUGUUAGUAGUUUUUAAAUGCAUGGUGUUAAUGUCCUUUUUAUUUUUCAGAAGACAAUAAACAGUGUCAGAAAUUCAGCACACUUGCUAUACCAAUGUAUGCAGUGAGUAGGUGAAGUGUGUAUAGCAUUAAGUUUUUGAAGGCCGAUUAUAUUAAAUAUGUAUCUAAUAAAAUAUGGACUGGAAAAUAAUAUUAAAUAUAGGCAGUGAAAGUUCAGAACUGUUUCAGUCAAGUUUGAAUAGUAUUUUAAAAUAUUAAGAGGUAUUUAAUAAAAGUUAGCUUUAUAUUUUUCUCUGUUGCAUGCGUUUCUACAGUAUUUUUCUUUGGAUUUUGCAUGUGAUCUCUUUUUCUCUCUCCUCCUACCCCCAAUUUGGUGAAUUCUUAUAAGUGGUGUGGCACCUUUAAUUGUUAAAAAAAAAAAAAUUAAAAUAAAAAAUAAUCUCAAAAUUAAUCAGAAACAUUAUGCUCUGAUAGUCUGUGACUGGGAUGUUUUAAUGUAUUAACCUGGAACUUGUUAUUAUAUUUUGACUGAUGUGACAAAAGGUGUUAAAUAAAUGCAUAUUACAAAUAAUUAAUACACACAUUCAAUUCAAGAUGUUCCCUAGAUAAUACAGAGACAGAAGGCUGGGCCCAGCUUUCUUGAGUAGAGUUCUUAAAGUAAUAUUGUAUGGAGAUAAGCACUGUCUUAGUGGAUGAGGACAAGAAGGCAAGAAGAUGAGACAGGAAAAGAGGAUAUAGUCAUACCUGUCUAGGAUUCCUUUUGGACACAAAAUACCUGCACAGGAAGUGCUAUCAUCUCUAAGCCAGCCUGAAUUAGUCCACGCUUAAUUUCCAUGCAGUUAAAGGUUAGUGAUCUUGGGCUGAGCAGUUUCCUAUAUGAAAAGCACAAGGCAAGCAUAGAAACAAGAAACACAGCGUGCAGAAAUUAGACACAGAGACCAAAGAUGAAAAAGGGAGCUGUUUCUUAGCCAUUAAACAUAACUCACUGGUGCUAGUAGGAUUUUUUGCAACUGCAAUGCACUGUUGCAUGCAGUUUUGGCUUUCGGUGUUCCCUUUAAAAAGGUUGUGUGUAACUUUGUAGAGGGAUUACACUAGAAAAUAACUCAAAUCCAUAUCAUCUAUUUCUCAUCCAGCUGGAAAUUGCUGAACCAAAGUGCAAAAAAAAGUUACUGCUCACAAAUGGACAAUAAUAUUCAAUGGGCAUGGCAGUCAUAGCGUCAGUAUUGCAUUUCAUUGUUUUGUUUCAUCUAGCAGACAGAUUAGGCCUAAAUCAUCACUAAGAUUUAUUUGGUAGUUUUAUGGUUUAAAAAAAGGCUUUUGUCUGUAUUUUCCACUAGGAAGAGUUUAAGUAUGGGCAUUUAUAAAGGUGCUCCGGGGGGGGGAGGGCUCUUUAAUUAGUGCACCUCCGAGAGCUGUGCUAUUACAGUGCCCAGAGCGUCAUGUGUAUCAGCGUUCCUGUGCUGAAAAAUGGCAGUGUGGGCACUUAACUAAAACUCAUUGAGAGAGCUUUAGUUAAGUGCCCCUGUUGCCAUUUUUCAGUGUGGGGAUGCUGAUACAUGUGAUGCUGGAGUCUACUGGAGCGCGGCAAUUACCACUCUCCAGCAAACUCAAUCGUGUAAAGGAGUCCUAUGUGUUUGAAUGAGCAAUAGUGAAAAAUAUCUGGUAAAACAAAUUAUUUUGAAUGGAUGGAAAGCUGUUGCUAUUUUAAUGUCUUAUCUAGCUAUAUUUGAAACAAAAAUAAUUGAAUCUGGAAUAUGUUGCAUUACAACUUUCCUCCUGCUUCUAUUGAAUCACCUCUAUUUUAGGACUGCCUUGGCUGUUUUCUGCUGUCAUUUUAACUUUUUCUAAAGAUCCAACGUUUAAAUUGACUUUGAUAAAACGUGAACUAUGAAAAUAAAAUGAAGUUGUAUCCAC